AUGUAUUUUUCCAACCAGUAUCCCUUUCCUGGCGGGCCGAGCGCCCACCAGGAUUCAUACAUGUCGGCGCCGACAUCGAUGCCGACCACAGCGACUCAAUCCACGACUUCGGAGGACUAUAAUGAAUCCUCAAUGAAUUCCCCAAGCCCUCUCUCACCCAAAUCGCCCGAAAUGCUCGGGCUGGAUGCCGCAACAGAGCUCUAUGACAGCGUGGACGAGAAUUUCGCUGCGUAUCACUACGGCCAGGCUGGCGCUUUCCCCUCUAUUGGCACUGUCGCGCCAUCCAUGCCUGUAUCCAUGGGUCCUAGGAAUGGAAUGUAUAUAGAUGGCAACCUGCCAGCGAUGGGCGAUAUGAUGGGUCUGGGACGCAGAUCAGAGUCAGACGAGCAGAAUUACGGGCGAUGGACUAGCGACGAGGAUGCGCAGACCAAGAGGAAGGCCCAGAACCGAGCGGCCCAGCGUGCAUUCAGAGAGAGGAAGGAGAAACACGUUAAAGAUCUGGAAGCGUCGCUCGAGCGCCUCAAGAAUUCGCAAGAGAAGGCGUCGGAGGAGAACGAGAAGCUGCGCAUAGACCUCGAGAGAAUGACGAGGGAGAACCAGAUCCUCAAAGCGACAAGUAGCAGGCGACAGAGUGUGAAUAGCUCCGCCGACGCGCUCAUUACCGGUCCGCCCAUGAAUUUCAGCCAGAGUUCCUCGCCCAGAAGCGUCGUAUCAGGACACAAGGACAAAUCUAGCCCCCACCGGGCCACAGAGUCCGCAGGCCAGAAUUUAUAUUCUGCUGGUGCCGCUUGGGAUUAUAUUGUCGCACAUAGUUUGUUCAAGCGUGGUCUCAUCGAUAUCACGGGCGUGAGUCGGUAUCUGCAACAGCGCGCAUCAUGUGAUGGCCACGGCCCUGUGUUUUCGGAGCAGGACAUCCUCGACGCCAUCCACCGAAGCCUCGCUGACGGCUCAGAUAAUCUCUGA